UCAUUUUCCCUUUUCUUCCUUCCUUCCCCUCUUUGGCUUCUCUCCUGGCCUCUCCUCUCCUCUCCUCUCGUCGUUGCACCCACCUCCUCUCCCAAGAUCUCACCUUUCCACCCCCUCCGCCCCCGCCUCGAUCCGGCAAUGGCUUCCCCCGGACCGGCCACCGCCGGCGAGCUCCUCCGCAUCGACCCCGUCGAACUCCGCUUCCCCUUCGAGUUGAAGAAGCAGAUCUCGUGCUCGAUGCAGCUAUCGAAUCUCAGCGACGACUACAUCGCCUUCAAGGUGAAAACUACAAGCCCAAAGAAGUAUUCGGUGCGGCCUAACACAGGGGUUGUCUUGCCACGGUCUACCUGCGAUGUUGUUGUGACAAUGCAAGCACAGCGGGAAGCCCCGCCUGACAUGCAGUGCAAAGAUAAGUUCCUAGUCCAGAGCGUCAUUGCACCUUCCGGUGUAACUGUGAAGGAUAUCACGGGAGAAAUGUUUACGAAGGAGUCCGGAAAUAAGGUUGAAGAGGUAAAAUUGCGAGUGACCUAUAUUGCUCCUCCACAGCCACCAUCUCCUGUUCCCGAGGAAUCAGAAGAAGGUUCCCCAUCAAGGGUUUCUGAGUCAGAAAAUGGAGACAGUCUUGGUGGGGGUUUCACUAGAGCACUGAGAGAACGCAUUGAGCCUCAAGAAAAUUCAUUAGAGGCUGGAGCUUUGAUUAACAAAUUGAAUGAAGAGAAGAACUCUGCAAUUCAACAGAACCAUAAAAUUAGACAGGAACUGGAUAUGAUGAGACGGGAGAUAAGCAAGAAGCGCGGAGGGUUCUCCUUCAUAAUCGUCAUAAUUGUCGCCUUGAUCGGGAUCUUCUUGGGCUAUAUGAUGAAGUCAUAAUUCUUUGAGUCGACAUCGAAGGGAACUGGACCCCACAUUCAUGCCAAGUUAUUCUUGGGAGGCAAAGAGACCGUCAUGAAGUUCUCCUUUCUGUUUUGUCAAUAUAGGAGUGUUGCGUACGUGGGAAAAUCUUCAACCAGAUUAAGCUUGUUUUCUUUUGCAGUUUGUUGUUUGUUGUAUUGGGUGAGUUGUGCACUUCUGACACUGUAACUUGGAAAUGCAUUAAUCGCUUCUGUUGACAGUUUAUCUUGCC